AUGGUGCUCUUGGAGCCUCUCACGGAGGAGACCUUCAUCCACAACCUCAAGAAGCGCUUCGACCACAACGAAAUCUACACCUACAUUGGGAGUGUGGUCAUCUCCGUGAACCCGUACCGCUCUCUGCCCAUCUACUCCCCGGAGAAAGUGGAAGAUUACAGGAACAGGAACUUCUACGAGCUGAGCCCGCACAUCUUUGCCCUGUCGGAUGAAGCCUACCGGUCCCUGCGAGACCAAGACAAGGACCAGUGCAUCCUCAUCACCGGGGAGAGCGGAGCUGGAAAGACAGAAGCCAGCAAGCUGGUCAUGUCCUAUGUGGCGGCUGUGUGCGGGAAAGGGGCGGAAGUCAACCAAGUCAAGGAGCAGCUUUUACAGUCCAACCCGGUCCUGGAAGCUUUUGGAAAUGCCAAGACUGUCAGGAAUGACAACUCCUCUCGAUUUGGCAAAUACAUGGAUAUCGAGUUCGACUUUAAAGGUGACCCCCUGGGAGGAGUGAUCAGUAACUACCUUCUGGAGAAGUCGCGCGUGGUCAAGCAGCCGCGGGGCGAGAGGAACUUCCACGUCUUCUAUCAGCUGCUCUCCGGCGCCUCCGAGGAGCUCCUGGAGAAACUUAAACUCGAGCGGGAUUUCAGCCGAUACAACUACCUGAGUCUGGACUCGGCCCGAGUGAACGGAGUGGACGACGCGGCCAAUUUCAGAACCGUGAGGAAUGCCAUGCAGAUCGUGGGCUUCAUGGACCACGAGGCCGAGGCCGUCCUGGAGGUGGUGGCCGCAGUGCUGAAACUUGGGAACAUCGAGUUCAAGCCCGAGUCGCGAGUGAACGGCUUAGACGAAAGCAAAAUCAAGGAUAAGAACGAGCUGAAGGAGAUCUGCGAGCUGACGGGCAUCGACCAGGCGGUCCUGGAGCGUGCGUUCAGCUUCCGCACGGUGGAGGCCAAGCAGGAGAAGGUGUCCACCACGCUGAACGUGGCGCAGGCGUAUUAUGCCCGGGACGCUCUGGCUAAAAACCUCUACAGCAGGUUGUUCUCAUGGCUGGUGAAUCGAAUCAAUGAAAGCAUCAAGGCACAGACCAAAGUGAGAAAGAAGGUCAUGGGCGUUUUGGACAUCUACGGCUUUGAAAUUUUUGAGGACAACAGCUUUGAGCAGUUCAUCAUCAAUUACUGUAAUGAGAAGCUGCAGCAGAUCUUCAUUGAGCUCACCCUUAAAGAAGAGCAAGAGGAGUACAUACGGGAGGACAUAGAAUGGACGCACAUCGACUACUUCAACAACGCCAUCAUCUGCGACCUGAUAGAAAACAACACCAACGGGAUCCUGGCCAUGCUGGACGAGGAGUGCCUGCGGCCCGGCACCGUCACCGACGACACCUUCCUGGAGAAGCUGAACCAGGUGUGCGCCACCCACCAGCACUUCGAGAGCAGGAUGAGCCGGUGCUCGCGCUUCCUCAACGACACCUCCCUGCCCCACAGCUGCUUCCGCAUCCAGCACUACGCCGGCAAGGUGCUGUACCAGGUGGAAGGAUUUGUUGACAAAAACAACGACCUUCUCUACCGAGACCUGUCCCAGGCCAUGUGGAAGGCGGGCCACACCCUCAUCAAGUCUCUGUUCCCCGAGGGGAACCCCACCAAGAUCAACCUGAAGCGACCCCCGACCGCCGGCUCGCAGUUCAAGGCGUCCGUGGCCACCCUGAUGAAGAACCUGCAGACCAAGAACCCCAACUACAUCCGGUGCAUCAAGCCCAAUGACAAGAAGGCCGCCCAUAUCUUCAGCGAGGCCCUGGUGUGCCACCAGAUCCGGUACCUGGGCCUCCUGGAGAACGUGCGGGUGCGCCGGGCGGGCUACGCCUUCCGGCAGGCCUACGAGCCGUGCCUGGAGCGGUACAAGAUGCUGUGCACGCAGACCUGGCCUCACUGGAGAGGGCCUGCAAGGGCUGGUGUGGAGGUGCUGUUUAAUGAGUUGGAGAUUCCUGUGGAAGAAUAUUCCUUCGGCCGAUCCAAGAUAUUCAUCCGGAACCCGAGAACGCUAUUCAAGUUGGAGGACCUGCGGAAGCAGCGGCUGGAGGACCUGGCCACACUCAUCCAGAAGAUCUACCGCGGGUGGAAGUGCCGCACGCACUUCCUGCUGAUGCGCAAGAGCCAGAUCGUGGUUGCCGCCUGGUUCCGGAGAUACGCCCAACAGAAGCGGUACCAGCAGACAAAGCGCUCGGCUCUGGUGAUCCAGUCAUACAUCCGGGGCUGGAAGGCCCGGAAGAUCUUGCGGGAGCUGAGGCACCAGAAGCGCUGCGAGGAGGCCGCCACCACCAUCGCGGCGUACUGGCACGGGACGCAGGCUCGGAGGGAGCUGAAGCGCUUGAAGGAGGAGGCUAGGCGCAAGCAUGCGGUCGCUGUCAUUUGGGCUUACUGGCUUGGACUGAAGGUGCGCCGGGAGUACAGGAAGUUCUUCAGAGCCAACGCAGGGAAGAAAAUCUACGAGUUCACGAUCCAGAGGAUUAUGCAGAAGUACUUCUUGGAGAUGAAAAGCAAGAUGCCCUCCUUGUCUCCCAUCGACAAGAACUGGCCGCCCAGGCCUUUCCUGUUCCUGGAUUCCACUCACAAGGAGCUGAAAAGGAUUUUCCACUUGUGGAGGUGUAAAAAAUACCGGGACCAGUUCACAGACCAGCAGAAGCUUAUCUAUGAGGAGAAGCUGGAAGCCAGUGAGCUCUUCAAAGACAAGAAGGCGCUUUACCCAUCGAGUGUUGGCCAGCCAUUCCAAGGGGCUUACCUGGAAAUCAACAAGAACCCCAAGUAUAAGAAGCUCAAAGAUGCCAUUGACGAAAAGAUCAUCAUUGCUGAGGUCGUCAACAAAAUCAACCGUGCGAACGGCAAGAGCACCUCCCGGAUUUUCCUCUUAACCAACAACAACCUCCUCCUCGCCGAUCAGAAGUCCGGCCAGAUCAAGUCGGAGGUGCCCCUGGUGGACGUGACCAAAGUGUCCAUGAGCUCGCAGAACGACGGCUUCUUCGCCAUCCACCUCAAGGAGGGCUCCGAGGCAGCCAGCAAAGGGGACUUCCUCUUCAGCAGCGACCACCUGAUCGAGAUGGCCACCAAGCUCUACCGGACGACUCUCAGCCAGACCCGACAGAAGCUCAACAUCGAGAUUUCCGAUGAGUUCCUGGUGCAGUUCCGACAGGACAAGGUGUGUGUGAAGUUCAUCCAGGGCAACCAGAAGAACGGGAGCGUCCCCACGUGCAAGCGGAAAAACAACCGUCUCCUGGAAGUGGCGGUUCCUUAG